AUGAGUUGGCCGCCAGCGUUUCCAAUCUUCCCACAGGUAAUGGCUGUUGAUUUACUUGCUCAGUGCUACCACUUUCUUAUGUAUUUUUGUCAAGCAGGUUGCCUGUCAGCAAGACUGCGUCAAAAUCCGCUGCGAGCGCUCCGUGAAGCACUGACAGUAGUGAGACACGGACUCAGCUUCCUGUCGAGUCGUGAGGUGCAACAGCCCCAGCUUUGUGAGAAAGUCUCGCCGGAUAGCGAAUGGAUCAAUGGAUUCGGAGACCAAUUUUACAAGUGA